AUGGCCGCUCUCCGCUCCUCCUCACGCAUCCUCGGCUCCUCCGCGAGGGCAGCCUUCCGCCCCAGCGCCGUCCUGUCGCGCUCCAUGGCGACGGUCAGCGAGACAACGGAGCAGCAGCCCAAGAUCAAGUCGUUCCAGAUCUACCGGUGGAACCCCGACACCCCGACCGAGAAGCCGCGGCUGCAGACGUACUCGAUCGACCUCAACAAGACGGGCCCCAUGAUCCUCGACGCCCUGAUCAAGAUCAAGAACGAGCAGGACCCGUCGCUGACGUUCCGGAGGAGCUGCCGAGAGGGCAUCUGCGGCAGCUGCGCCAUGAACAUCAACGGCCAGAACACGCUGGCAUGCCUGUGCCGGAUCCCCGCCGAGUCGUCGUCCGACGUCAAGAUCUACCCCCUGCCUCACACCUACGUUGUCAAGGACCUGGUGCCCGACUUGACGCACUUUUACAAGCAGUACAAGUCCAUCCAGCCCUAUCUGCAGCGCGACACCCCUGCUGAAGAUGGCAAGGAGUACCGCCAGAGCAAGGCGGACCGGAAGAAGCUGGACGGCCUGUACGAGUGCAUCCUGUGCGCCUGCUGCUCGACCUCGUGCCCCUCGUACUGGUGGAAUUCCGAAGAGUACCUCGGCCCCGCCAUCCUGCUGCAGUCGUACCGAUGGCUGGUCGACUCCCGAGACGAGCGCACGGCGGCGCGCAAGACCAAGCUCGAGAACUCAAUGAGCCUGUACCGCUGCCACACCAUUCUCAACUGCACGCGUGCCUGUCCCAAGGGUCUGAACCCCGGAAAGGCCAUCGCCGAGAUCAAGAAGCAGAUGGCUCUUGGCGCAUAA